AUGAUGCCAAGAAAGAGAUGUCUUGGCUCAUUGACUUUCUUCAGUCUACUCGUAUCUACCAUCGCAGCAGCGCAAGAUCCUUGUGCCCAUAUUGCGGGUAACAAGACAGCCAAUUUUCAAGAUGCAAAAGCUUGUUUGGAUUAUUUCAAGUUUGAUAAAACGAUUGCUGAACAAACAGUUGAUACAGUUCGAAAAAUCACAAAUGAACUCUAUGUGUUUAACGAAGUAGCUGCUUCUCCUCCUCAAGUAGAAGGUUUGUCAAUCCCUGCUGUCAAUAUUUCUUAUGGUCUUGAUUUGAUUCUUCAAGAAAAUUGGAAAUCAGACAGAGAAUUCCAAGAAUCGAUUGCUUUAUUAUUAGACAAAGUACAAGAUGCCCAUUUGUCUUAUUCACCUUUUUGUUACCGUCAAUUCAUUUUUUGGCAACCUAUUCAACUAAACGCUUUACUUCGCAACAAAAGAUUGAUUGCCAAUGUAGCCUAUGUCAAAAACGAUGUUUGGCCUGAAGCCAAAGAAUCCUGGGUUGGCUGUCAAGUCACUGAAAUUGAUGGCAUGGAUGCAAUGGAAAUGCUUGCCAAUUACGCUGUCAACAACAAUGGUGAAAGCAAAGACGUCAAUACAUGUUUCAAUAACAUCAUGAAUACCAAAAGUUACUUCCAUGGCUGGGAUGAUGGUGCUGAUGAUUUAGGUUACCAUCGUUUCUUGCCUGCACAAGAAUUCCAUAAUUAUACCAUGCGUUGUGCUAAAGAAGGUACAUUGCCUGUUCAAGAAGACUAUGAUGCACCCUUCACAGUCCAGGUGCCUUGGGUUGCUCAAGUCCCACCUAAUUUCAAGACAGCAGAGGACUACUGGACUCGGUUCUGUCAAUCAGCACAUCAAAGAGACAGCCUUUCAAAACGCAAUAUUCAUUAUGAUCUUCAUGAACUCAAGACUAUGUAUGAAGGCGAUGUCUUUGCCCUUAGUGCUGAGGGUAAAGUAGCCAUGAAUUCAGUAAGCAGCAGUCGUGGUCCUUAUAUUGAAUUCAUUCCAUUGGCCGAUACAAAAGUGGGUGUGAUUGAUAUCCAAAGUUUCUCGAUUGCUUCUUCUGAUAGACAAGCCUUUGCUGAUGAAUUCGUAAAAGGUCUUGAAGACUUUGAGUCCAAAGGAGUGGAAAAGAUCAUUCUCGACUUGUCUUCUAAUGGUGGUGGUGAUGCCUGUGCUGGUGAAUUCAUCAUCAAUACUUUUUUCAAUGCUACGCCUGACUAUAUGUCUGAUAUCAAAUACUCUCCUUUCCUUGAACGGGUGGUUCAAAAGGCCUACAGGGACCAAAACACAAAAUGGCUUGAUUAUCAUACUUCGGGUCUGAAGGGAGAUGCCUGGUUUACCAACACAACGUCCUAUGAAAGAGGCACAUCGCCCUCUGUCAAGUUCUCUCAGCCUGUCACUUUAAGUUGUGAUAGUUGGAUGGAUUCUAUCUCGCGUCCUGCUUUCAAGAACACACGGUGGAACAGUUCAGAUCUCUUGAUCCUCUCUGAUGGUCGGUGUGGGUCUACGUGUGCCAUUGUGGCUUCUCGUCUUCGUCUGUCUCACAAAGUGCCCGCCAUGGGGUUAGGUGGUAUUCGUGGUAAUCGUAUGCAAUUUGCUUCUUUCCCCGGUGGUGAAAGUGAUCGUCUCUCGAGUUUCUUGAUGGAUCUUGAAAUCUUGAAUAUGCAAGAGGAUCCUGAUGCACCUCAACCUUUCCCUGAACGUGCAGAUAUGGGUUGGACAUUCAGAGAAGUCUAUAAGCCUACAGACAGUUUUACAGGCAGAGAAACCGAUCUACUUGAAUACAGUGCUACAAAUGCAGACUGUAGAAUUUAUUUUGAUGAUCAUAAUGCAGACGAUAUCAAGAAACUCUGGCAAGAUGUUGCUAAAGUCGUUUUGUCUGGUCAAUGUCCUCUUGUGGAUGAUAUAUAA